AUGCUCAAUUUUUACAAACGUUUCCUACCUCAGUCAGCUUCAAUCCAAGCCACUUUGAGUGCACUUCUUGCCGGCUCUGUUAAGGCGUCUCACUCAGUCAAUCUGACUGGUGACGCACUUUUAGCCUUUAACAGGUGCAAUCAAAGUCUUGCUGAUGCUGCAUUACUCACACACCCGGUUUGUCGGGCUGAACUCGCGCUAGUAACAGACGCGUCCGACCUGGCAAUUAGUGGGGAAUGGCAACCAUUAGCAUACUUCUCGCAGAAGUUGACUCUCUCUCAACAAAAAUAUUCGCCUUACGACCGCGAGCUCUUAGCCAUAUACGAAAGCAUCAAAUACUUUCGUCAUAUGCUAGAGGCUAGAUAUUUAGUGGUGUUUAUCGACCAUAAGCCGCUCAGUUAUGCUUUCAACGAAAGGAAAGCUAAUUGUUCGUCUCGGCAGUAUCGUCACCUGGAUUAUAUCUCGCAGUUUACGACCGACAUUAGACAUAUAUCGGGAAAAGACAAUGUCGUCGCUGACCCACUGUCACGUGUCGAAGAACUGCAGAUGCCUAUCGACUUAGACGUGCUUGCUUCGUCUCAAGCAUCAGAUCGAGAGCUGACUCAAUUUCUAGGAGGUGAAUCUUCACUCCGUCUGGAAAAGUUGAGGAUUCCUAACUCUCAACUGCAACUUUAUUGUGACGUAAGCAAGUCUACACCUAAGCCUUUUGUUACCAAGCCGUUGAGGAGACAACUCUUUGACAGUCUUCACAGCUUAAGCCAUCCAGGUGCCAAUGCUAGUGCUAAAUUAGUAGCAGAGCGAUUUGUGUGGCCUGGCGUUUGUAAAGGCUGUCGAGAGUGGUCUCGACAAUGCUUGGCGUGUCAGCGCGCUAAGAUUCAUCGGCACAUUUCGUCACCGUUAGGCACGUUUGAUUUACCCCGCGCCCGAUUUACUUUUGUUCACGUGCACAUUAUUGGCCCCCUCCCUAUUUCUCAGGGUUACCGCUAUUGCUUGACUGCGGUGGAUCGUUUCACACGAUGA